GAUAAGUCAGCUAUAUGAUGCAAAACUGCAGUCAGAAAGCUGCCAGAGCUCAGCAGCAUCUUGUCUCCUCUUCUCUCUGUGAUUAUGGAGACCCUGGAAGAAGCUGAACUCUGCUUUCCACAACUACUCAACACCUCCUGCAGGAAGCCAGUGCAGCAUCGUGCUGAUACCAUAUUCCUUUACAUCCUGCUGUCUUGCAUCUCUUUGCUCACUGUGGCUCUGAACCUGCUGGUCAUCAUCUCUAUCUCCCACUUCAGGCAGCUGCACACCCCCACCAACCUUCUACUCCUCUCACUGGCUGUUUCAGACUUCCUCGUAGGCCUCCUGCUGAUGCCACUUCAAAUCCUCUUUGUAGGGGGCUGCUGGUUUUUGGGGAGCUUAAUGUGUGGACUAUUUUACUAUGCCUCUUUUAUCCUUACAACUGCCUCAGUGGGAAACAUGGUGCUCAUAUCAGUUGACCGAUAUGUGGCCAUUUGUGACCCUUUGUGUUACGCAACCAAAGUCACUCAGAAAAGAGUUCAAAUCUGUGUUUGUCUGUGUUGGACCUGCUCUGUGUUCUACAAUGGUGUAAUACUGAUUGACUUCUUUAAACAUCCAAAUCAAUUUAAUUCUUGCUAUGGAGAAUGUGUACUUGUAAUUAACUUCAUAACAGGAGCUGUUGAUGUUCUGUUGACCUUUGUUGGCCCCAUUGCUGCAAUCAUAGUUCUGUAUAUGAGAGUAUUUGUGGUGGCUGUGUCUCAGGCUCGAGUCAUGAGGUCUCAUAUUGCAGCUGUUACACUCCAGGGUUCAGUCAGUGUAACUGCUAAGAAGUCUGAGAGAAAAGCAGCCAGAACUCUUGGUGUUGUCGUGGUUGUGUUCCUUAUAUGUUUCUGUCCUUACUUCGUCCCAUCUCUUGUGGGUAAGGACAGGUCAAGCAGUGUGAUAUUUUCAAUAUUUUCGGUCUGGCUACUUUAUUGUAACUCUUGUUUUAAUCCAAUGAUCUAUGCUUUUUUCUACCCCUGGUUCAGGAGAUCUAUGAAACUCAUUAUUACAUUUAAGAUACUGCAACCUGACUCCUGUGAUACCAACAUCCUGUGCCCAGAUUGCAAAAUAUGAGUCAAUCAACUUGCACACUAAGUUAAGAAACCCAUCAUAUUGUGACUAUAGUUUUCAGAUAUUACAAUUGCUAUUGCCUUGGCCAUAUUGUGAUUUUGAUCAUAUUCAUAUAUAUAAUUAUGGAGCCUUUGAAUCAACAGUGAAAUGUCAGGCAGAAAUAUUGAAUGUACAUUGAUGCCAACCAAACCAAACUGACAGUGCUUGUUAUGUUUAAUGUUGAUUUCAAUAAUGACUGACACUGAUCAAUUUGGAACAUUUCUGAAACAGAUCAAAUAUAUAAAAGGAAUUACUAUAUCACAGCACGAUAAACCUAGCAAAUGCAAGAGGAAAAUGUAACAUCGAUCCAUAUGUAAACUUUACAAUCCUAAUCAUACAUGAACUAAGAUCAAUUAAAUCCAUAUUAUUAAUUGUUUAUUGUGGUAAAACUCACAUAACUAUCAUCAUCCCCCAUCGUUGUGGCUAUUGUCAUCGCCGUUGUCGCCAUUAGCCUCUUCAUCAUCAUUAUCAUCAUCAUCAUCAGUCAUUUCUACUAGUAUAGUUGUUGCUACUGUUGUUUUUUUUGCACCUCUGUCUCAGUCCUUCUCUCUUUACCACCCAUCCCCUCUACCCCUCUCUUUUUUCCUCUGUCUUUAACCCCAACUGUUCGAAGCAGACGGCUGCCCACCUAGAGCCGGGGGCUGUUUGAGGUUUCUGCCUGUUAGAAGGAUUUUUUUCCUUGCUGCUGUCACCAAGUGCUUGUUCAUGGUGGGAACUGUUGGGCUUCUGUAAUUAAUUAAUUAAUUAAUUUAAUCAUAAGGAGUACAGUCUAGACCUGAUGUAAUUGAAAGGUGUCCUGAGAUAACUUUUGUUAUGAAUUGGCACUAUACAAAUAAAAUUAAAUAAAUUGAAUUAUAUUACUGUCUCCUUGAAGGGCUUCUUGUUUGUUUUGAAUAUACACCUGAAGCUGAUGGUAGGGUGAUUGUAGUGGUGGAAGUUUUCCGUUAGACCACCUUGGAAGUCCAACCUUGACAGACUAGCGAAAAAGAAGGUGUUUGGAGUGACUGAGGUGGUGGACCGAAAGUAAAGCCUGUUUAAUAUGUAAUACACAUAUAUUGCAGUUGUUGUAUUGGACUUAUCUGACUAAAUAAUAACUUGUACUGUAAUACAGUACCAUUAAAAAUAUGUAAAAAUAGCUCAAACUUAACCCAUUGUCCUCCACUGAUUUGUUAAUAUAUUAAAUCAAUGUUUAUUGAUUAGGGUCGAUCGAGUAUUUGGUUUAAAGUAGGUUUUUUUAUUAUUAUUAUUAAUAUUAAUUUUAACAAAGUCUGCUGCCUCAGUUUUUAUGAUGGCAAUUUGCAAAUACUAUACUAUACUCUACUAUACUAUACUAUACUAUAUCAUGCUGAUUGAGUUAGAAAAGACCCGACUGGAAGCUUUAAUAGGAGGGUGGUGCUUGAAAUCAUUGUUUUUCCUCUGUUAACCAUGGUUACCUGCAAAGAAACAUGUGCAGUCUUCAUUGCUUUGCAAAAAAAGGCUUCACAGGCAACAAUAUUGCUCCUAGCAAGAUUGCACCUAAAUCAACCAUUUAUCGGAUCAUCAAGACCUUCAGGGAGAGAGGUUCAAUUGUUGUGAAGAAGGCUUCAAGGCACCCAAGAAAGUUCAGCAAGUGCCAGGACCAUCUCCUAAAGUUGAUUCAGCUGUGGGAUUGGGGCACCACCAGUGCAGAGCUUGCUCAGGAAUGGCAGCAGGCAGGUGUGAGUGCAUCUGCACACAUAAUGAGGCAAAGGCUUUUGGAGGAUGGCUUGAUGUCAAGAAGGGCAGCAAAGAAGCCACUUCUCUCCAGGAAAAACAUCAGGAACAGACUGAUAUUCUGCAAAAGGUACAGGGAUUGGACUAUGAGGACUGGGGUAUAGUCAUUUUCUCUGAUAAAUCCCCUUUCCGAUUGUUGGGGCAUCUGGAAAAAAGCUUUUCGGGAGAAGAAAAGGUGAGCGCUACCAUCAGUCCUGUGUCAUCUCAACAUUCAGACCAUAUAUGUGUGGGGUUGCUUCUCAGCCAAGGGAGAGGCCUCACUCACAAUUUUGCCUAAGAACACAGCCAUGAAUAAAGAAUGGUACCAAAACAUCCUUGGAGAGCAACUUCUCCCAACCAUCCAAGAACAGUUUGGGACGAACAAUGCCUUUUCCAGCAUGAUGGAGCACCUUGCCGUAAGGCAAAAGUGCAACUAAGUGGCUCAGGGAACAAAACAUCGACAUUUUGAGUCUAUUGCCAGGAAACUCCCCAGACCUUAAUCCCAUUGACAACUUGUGGUCAAUCCUGAAGAGGCGGGUGGACAAACAAAAACCCACCAAUUCUGACAAACUCCAAGCAUUGAUUAUGCAAGAAUGGGCUGCCAUCAGUUAGGAUGUGGCCCAGAAGUCAAUUGACAGCAUGCCUGGGCGAAUUGCAGAAGUCAACACUGCAAAUAUUGCCUCUUUGCGUAAACUUAAUGUAAUUGUAAUUAUAAUUCAGUAUGCCAUAGUAACAUCUGACAAAAAGAUCUAAACACUGAAGCAGCAAACUUUGUGGAAACCAAUACUUAUGUCAUUCUCAAAACUUUUUUUUUUUUGUAACAAAUUUUUAUUGGUUUUCAACACAGUUCCUGUGAAAUUGUACCCCAAAAUCUUUUUUUUUAUCAAUUUACAUUGCCUGAAGUAAUGAUAAUAUGUUCCAAUCUCUCUAUGACACUUGUUACACAAAGGUGAGACCUGACGGUCCAUCUUAUUUAGUAUGUAAGGAGUUACGUGUAGACGGUGUAAUAUUUUAUACUGUGUCUCUCUCAAUCUAUUACAUGUAAAGGUGGAUUUAAAUACUUCAAUGGUCUCCUCCCAGUCAUCCUCAAUAUACUCCGUGUCGAGAUCUUUCUCCCACUUCUGUGCAAUGCUUGUAAUAUCACCUGGACUAAGAGAGUAUAGCAGUGCAAAGAAGGAAGAGAUAAAACGGAUGCCUCUCUGGGAAAUAAGGAACCUCUCUACAUCACUGUACAUGACUAGAUCAGGAGACGAUUUAUGAUUUAUCAUAACACCUACAGCACUUUAGCCGCUGACAGCGGAUAGAAUGCUGUUUAUGUGUUUAACGCUGGCAGAAAGACCUUUCUGCAUCCAGUGACAGCGAAAUCCCCAUAGAUCAACCCCCUGAUCUGAUGGGGUUUCUGUUACAAGUGGUUUUCAACCAGACUGUCCCUGCCACUUCACAGACCCUUACGACUGUGCCAUUGAUCUCCUCCCAGGCAUGUGAGUUCCACAUGUCACAU